GUCGUCUAUCCUCGCGGAAGUGCAGAACAGCGGCAACAACAAGCUGCCAUCAAACAAAAAUGUUCUCGUUUUAGGUGACAAUGAGAGUGGGAAAACUACGCUUAUAGCUAAACUACAAGGUGUAGAGGAUCCAAAGAAAGGUUCUGGACUAGAAUUUGCAUAUAUCGAUGUGAGAGAUGAUUACAGAGAUGAUCAUACAAGACUGUCUGUAUGGGUUCUAGAUGGAGACCCGGGUCAUGCAAAUCUUUUGAGAUUUGCUCUGAACAAAGAAAGGUUCCCACAUACGCUUGUAAUGUUAGUCGCUGCCAUGACCACACCAUGGGCCAUUCUCGAUCAACUUCAAUCAUGGGCAGCAUUGUUAGGCGAUCACAUUGACAAAUUACCUUUAGAUAAUGAUACUAGGCAACGGUGCAGGCAGCUUAAUAUUAAGAAGUGGCAGGACUAUACCGAACCAGGAGACGAAUUAGAUCCUGGGAGUCCUCUGCGACGUACCAGUCGAAAUCUGGAUGACGACACCGCCGAGGGAUUACCCUUGCCGGAAGGAGUACUUACAACUAAUUUGGGCCUAGACGUUGUCGUAGUCAUAACGAAAACUGAUUAUAUGUCUACUCUCGAAAAAGAACAAGACUAUAAAGAUGAGCAUUUUGACUUUAUGCAACAAUGGAUUAGGCGGUUUUGCUUACAAUAUGGUGCAGGUCUCUUCUACACGUCGGCAAAGGAGGAUAAGAACUGUGAUUUGCUUUAUAAAUAUUUAACACAUAGGAUUUACUCUUUACCAUUCAGAACACCGGCAUUGGUCGUCGAAAAAGAUGCAGUACUUAUACCUGCUGGUUGGGAUAACAUGAAGAAGAUCAGUAUUUUGCAUGAGAAUUUACAAUCCAUGAAGGCGAACGAUUACUAUCGUGAUGUUAUUGCACAGCCAGCAACGAAUCGAAAAUGCGUUGCUAGAGAAAUGGAAAUUCAGGCGGAAGAAGAGCAAGCUUUCCUCGCGCGACAGCAAGCAGCUCUGUCGGGCUUGAAAGAUCCCACUCGGUCUCCUACAACUCGGAAUCAGGCAAGCCCUGGACCAGUUAUACAGGUGGCGUCACCAAAUAAGAAGCUGGAUCCCAAGGGUAGCGGUGCAACACCCUCUGGUGAAGGUGUUUUAGCUAAUUUCUUUAAUUCUCUUCUUUAUAAGAAGACUGGAGUGCAGCCCGGUUCCCCAGGAACGCCGGGCAACGUAGGGACGAGUCCCAUGAAACUUGAUGCUACACCGGUGGACAAGGCAACGAUAUGUAACGAUGCAGUGGCGGAGUUAGAUCGUCUCACUCGGACCAAGAAACUUUCUCCACCCAACCUAAACUCCUCGUCUGAAUGUUAAAGAUAGCGUUUUUCUUCGUGGCCCAUUGAUACAAUGAAAAUAAUAGUCGAAGCUUCGUUGCCAUUAAACAGAACUCAAACACAAAUUUGAAAUAUCUUAUAGCCCACUCGUUAUAAAUGGGAAAGAUCAUAAUAUAAUGAUAAAAUGGGUUGCGAAGAAGUAAAAUUUAGCUCUAAUCAAUAAUAAUUUAACCCGAUCACAUCGCAAUGAAGGAAAAAAAAUAUAUAAUCUGUCUUGCAACUCUGCGACAGUGAAUGUCAUAAUUGACUAAAUAUCAGUAACGAAGCAGAGUACAAUUAGAAAGCUAUUAAAUUAAUGUAAUUAAAAUAUUUAAUAUAAUACUGAAAUAUAUAUGCUUACGCACAUGUUGUCCUAGCGCCUGAUCAUAUGUGAUCAUAGUAAAUUAUUUAGCAACCCCCGUGUAUGGAUGCGCGGUUUCUUUUUUAUCAUUCUAUAUUUACAUAUGAAUGCACAUCUUCGUCUCUUCUUCAUAAAUAAAUACUCUUUUUUUAUGUUAUUAUCAUUUUUCUUUACGAGAUAGUCUUCAUGAUUACUAGUUACUUUGCAUUCGGUUUAAUUUUAACAAUGUAAGUGCCGGUUAGCGCUGCGAAAAUGUUGUGCGAAUGCGUGAGACAGUCUUUCAUACGAAUUGUGCAUAAAAUAAAAUGGAAGAAUCCUUUUAACGGAAGACACGUUGCAGUCCUCAGAUUUAAGGAUAGCUAAUGGUACGAGACUGGGGAAUAGAUGUCCAAAUCGCGCGUGUAAAUUCGACACCUUGUAGAGUUUUAGUCGAGUACCUAUAUUAUUCAACUAAAGAAAACUGAAGAAAGGUAUAUUAUUCAAGUAAAAACAGAUGAACACAGAGACAUUGUACAUUCAAU